AUGCAAGAUUCAAAGCAGGCCCGAUCGAGUACCACACCACGAGAAGCUGAGGAAGGCGUUGUGAAUAUUAUGACCUUUAAUACGUGGUUAAUACCGGUUCGAGCGAGAUUUCCGGGGUGUCUGGAUUCGCGAAUUCCGGAGAGAGCUCUUCGGGUUUGUCAGCACAUAGAAAAGCAAGCGGCUGCAUUUGAUUUGGAUGUAGCAACAUUGCAGGAAGCGUGGACAGGUCGCCAGUCCGCAGUAGCUAGUAUGAUCAAUACUCUAUUUUGCGGAAGAUUUUUUGCGAGGGGGGAGCUCAUAAGAUAUGUGCAAAAUCGUACUCAGUUGAAAUAUGCAACGAAGGCGUUUGGGACGUACUUGUGCGAGUGUUCUGCACCGACGAAGUUCUUAGAUUCGGGAUUAGUUAUUAUGUCUAGAUGGCCGAUACUUCUGGAGAAAUUUUCUCGAUUCUCUGUUGCUACUGGAGAGGAUGCUUUGGCUUCUAAGGGGGCCCUUGGGGUUGUUCUUGACCGCGGAAAAGAUGUGGUCAUUGUGGUAACCACACAUCUCGAUGCUGGUCAUGAUCCUGAUGUCAAGUUAGCUCAAUUGAAAGUUGUCGUCGAUGUUGUGGCCUUCCUCGAGAAGGAGUGCUCAUCGAGGGGACUUCAUGUGGCUGCAGCAGCUAUGACUGGCGAUUGGAACAUUGAUGGCACUGGCAGAGAUCAUGGGGCGCGCGCUAAAGCCUUGUCGUCCACCUCCCGUACAGUAUGCACUACUUCAAGAUCGUCUGAUGAGGAGGAAGAAGAAAGCAGUCCCGUCGCCGUGAACCAGAACUCGGGCGUCUACGGAAGAGUCCAGAGUUUCCUGGCUAAGUCGGGCUUCCAGGAUGUGUGGCAAAUGCACGCUGAAAAGGAAAGUCUUCCUCGUGCGCCGAGUUAUGAAGGCGACUGGGGAGAACUCAGUGAAGAAAGCCUGGUGAAGUAUGGAGUUACGAGUGACCAGGACGUCCCAUCGUGUCCGAAGCGAUUGGAUUAUCUAUGGGUUAAAAGUGGCGCUGAAGAUGCAACAUCCGAAAGUCGUCCGCCAGCUGAGAGCAGUCUCAGCUCUAUCAGUGCUAGCAGUAGCCGGUCGAGAUCUCAAGAGGUUAUGAUGGUGACGAUCGCGCCCGCCCAGUUGUGGCGAGCAGAUGUACCUCUGAGAAGUGCAUGUGCUAAGGCUAUGCUCAGCGGUGAUAAGAGGGAAGAACGAGGGUUGAGGAGGCAGAUCAAUAGUCACAACACCAACCGCACAUCUGAUCACGCCUCUCUAGUGGGUCGUAUCCGCCUUUCGAGAAUGGCAGACCCGGUGUCCCCUGCAAGUAAUCAACAAGCCAAAGAUGACCUCAAGUUGACCGCGCGAGAAGCCGGAAGUUCUCAGUUGGCCGACGUUGACAGUAGCGAGAUUGUUGUUAAUGUGGGCAAUUAG